UAAUUGUAAUCUCUUCAAUCAUAAAUUAUUAAUCAAGUGGUUAAUAAACAAUGUCAUCAUAAGUCUAGUGUUAUAUAGUAUCCACUAUUGGUCAAAUCUUUCAUACUAUACUUUAUGUACUGAGAAAAAAUGGCGAAUUCUUCAGGGAAAACUGUGGUAGAAAUAAAAUUAAAAACAAUUGAAGGAACCCCAGAGAAUUUUGAAGAAUUUGGCCAGGUAAUUGGUCUGAUGCCGGAUGAUAAGGACUUUGCGCCGCAAGCUGCUCAGAUGGUUCUCAGCCAAGGAACCCCCAGGUUCCGCAUCAUGAGUCUUGGUUGUCGUUCACUUAAAUUUUCUUCCAUAAUGCACCAUCCUCGUGUGACUCAAUGCUUUGGCUCAAUUGGUGGCCAUGUUUGGUAUCUUGGAGUUGCGAAACCUUCUCUGCUGGAUCCUGACCAAGUUGAGGGUGACAGGGGAUCAAAUGUUGUACAAUCUCAUGAUGGUCAUUUCUACAUGCCACCUGCAAUAGAAGAUGUACGUGUUUUCAGAUUUUCAGGUCGGAAGUUUGUGAAGUUGAAUAUGGGUACAUGGCAUGCUGGACCGUUAUUUGAUCCACAAAUGAAGAUGGACUUUUACAACCUUGAACUCAGCAAUACUCAUCAUGUAGAGCAGACAACGCAUUAUUUCAGGAAGGAUUGCGGAGAAGUAAAAAACGGAAAAGUGAUGUUCACCUUUGUUGAGUAGUUCAUCUAGUUCUCAAACAAAGCAAGUAUGCAGCAUCACUUCUGCAACCUGAAAAUAACUACGGCUGUAAUACCAUGUUAAGUGAUCAGUUAUCCUAAACCUCAAAGUGUUAGGAGGUGGGCAUAUCAGGAUCAUACUGGAUCAACGUUUUCAUUAAAAUCUUGUACUGUAUUUUUUUAAUUCUUGCUACACCCUUUCUAAACCACUGCACUACACUUGUAUAUUCUAUUCUUGUAAUACGUAUUCUAAGUGCUUUGCAA